AGGGGCCCCCUAGAGGCACCUCACGUGACUCCCCAUUGCCCCCUGCCCAGCCCCAAGGCCCCUCAGCCCCUUGCCCUGUUCGCUGUCUCUCCUGCUUGUCCUCCUGGCCGGCAAUCGAGGCAGCAGACAAGCUGCAAAGAGCUCCUUUUCUCCCGCCUCUCAGCUGAUCGGCGGGUGGGCGGGGCUUCCAUGGAGGCCUGGUGUAGGCCUCUGUGAAGCCUGAACUCCAGUAGGGCCCAAGCCAGCCAGGAAGGGGGAGGCAGCCAGAGUGGCCACCACUGUUCUCUGCAGCAGAAGACCCCUUGCUGCCAGAUUUCACAAGCUGGAAGUGUGUCCACCCCUACUGUAAUGCUGCUGGAUUGAAUAGGAAAACUCCAAUUUCUCUUUCUGCUAUCAACCGUUAAUACCUAUCCUAUGGGGACACAAUAGGAAUGGAAGGCAAUCGCACGCUUGUUACUGAUUUUGUUCUGGUGGGUUUCACAACAGAUCCACUUCUGCGUAUCAUCUUCUUUGUGCUAUUCCUAGCGUCAUAUAUUCUAACACUGACUGGAAAUGUGGGCCUGAUGACACUGAUCUACCUAGAUUCUAACUUGCACACACCCAUGUACUUCUUUGUUGGCAACCUUUCCUUCCUAGAUAUCUGGUAUUCCACUGUCUACACUCCACGGAUCUUGUCUGACUGUGUGUCCAAGAACAAGGUCAUGUCCCUUGCUGGCUGUGCUGCCCAGUUCUUCUUCUCCGCUGGCUUGGCCUACAGCGAGUGCUUCCUGCUGGCUGCCAUGGCAUACGACCGCUACGUGGCCAUUUGCAACCCACUACUCUAUGCCACUGCCAUGCCCAGGAAGCUCUGCAUCCAGCUGGUGGUUGGGUCUUACGUAGCUGGUUUCGUCAAUGCCAUUGUACACACAGGCAACACCUUCCGCCUACAUUUCUGUGGGAACAACAUUAUCAACCACUAUUUUUGUGAUGCACCACCACUUGUGAAGAUGGCCUGUGAUGAUACCAGGGUCUAUGAACUCAUCCUAGCCACCAUCAUUGGUUGCAAUGUGAUGGCAACCACUGCCCUCAUCCUGGGCUCCUAUGUGGGCAUAGUGGCAGCCAUCAUACGCAUCCGCUCUGCUGCUGGGAGGCGCAAGGCCUUCUCCACGUGCUCCGCCCACCUAGUCUCUGUCUCCCUCUUCUAUGGUUCCAUCCUCUUCAUGUAUUCCCGGCCCAGCUCCCAGCACACGCCAGACUGGGACAAGGCAAACGCUUUGUUCUACACAGUUCUCAACCCUCUGGUCAACCCCAUGAUAUACAGCUUACGCAACAAAGAUGUGAAGGCAGCCUUCAAGAAAGUCCUGGGGAAAUUCAUGACACCCAAAUGACCAUUGGUAACCCCACAAUACAGAAAUGAGAAUGAAGUAGCAGCCUGUAGUGUCUUCCUUUAUCCAGCAAAAGAGA